AAGUCAAUCAGACCAGAAAUCGCGGCGAGCCGCUACCAGAGAUGAAUAUAAGAGAUCGAUGGCCAGGUAGUGGAGGGUCAACCAGUGCAAUCCAGUCACCUAUUCGUGUCGCAGACACCCUUGCAAAACCUGCGUUUACUCCUUCUCAGCGUUCAUCAUCCGGCGGUGUCACUGCUUCUCCGUCGUCGCUUCGUGUACAGAGUCCUCGAAUACCUUCUUCCCCUGCAACAAAUGAUGAGUCGGCUGCGGAUGCUUUGAUCAGUCUCCAGCGCAAACGAUCUCUUUCUUCCGAAGAGUCCGCACGCAAACGUAUGUCCAUUGACCAACCAUCCAUGUCAACCGACUGAAUGAAUCACUGCCAUGCUCGCUGUGCAAAUACACAAAAGCAAACAUACGUCCAGGUGGCGGCAUUUUAUCCUCUCUACUUUUUUCUUUUUUUUAUAUUUCCUUGCUCUCAGAUUCUAGGAUCUCCUUGUGUUUUAUAUACUUGUUUGGUCUUUGCAAUGUUUUUUUACCAACGUCUUGUCUACAAUUUUUUCAUUCAAGUUUGUUUUCCUCUUCUUUUUUCUUUAUUACUUGAUUCACUUGUCUCAACCAAGAAAAAAAAAAGCGCAUUAAAAGCAAAUCAUCAAAAGAUAAAUGUGUAAAAAAA